AUGAUACAGUCUCGACCGCCUGUUAGACCUGAGCAUUGUGUGACUGCCUCAGGUCCGCUGCCCAAGAGUUCAACUGAAACCACCACUACCGCACCAUCAAACUGCUCACGUAAUGAGUUCAGCUGCCUAUCCGUCGCCCACUGCAUCCCGGCAAACCAACUGUGCGACUUCCUCAAACAGUGUCCUGACGGUUCGGACGAAAGCCACUGCGGCGCCUGCGACUUCUCGGUGGACAUGUGCGGUCUACAGGCCGCACGCGCGCAGACCCAGCCCCGUUGGACCCGCCUAUCCACCGUCCUGGUUUCCAACAACCAAGCACGUUUUCCUUUGCUGCCUCGCGAAGACAGCAGCCACAACGAGCGCGGCUUCUACGCUGCUUUCCUCAGGACAGAUGCCGCUGUUCCCAGGGGUCGCAACACAGCCUUGAUGACUCCUCAGCUGGGGGCGAUGGGCCAUUCAUGCAGACUCAGUUUCUACACCUUUCUGCCUAGACAGACACACCUUUCUGUUGACGUUGUGGAAACACUGAGAGAUAAAGACAAGAGAGGGACCAUCAAAAGGAGGGUGCUGCGUGUUUGGGACGACACGGAGCAAGUUACUUGGAAGAUGCAGGCAGUGAACGUCGGAAACCGACGUCCCGGCGCAAGAUUCUACUUUUCUGCUGCUGAGAACGCCAGCAUCGACGACAUUGAGUACCACCACUGUCACCCUGAGGAUACAACGGAAGAAUCUGUGAACUGCACUUUUGAAACAAAGAACGGGUGCGGCUGGUACCAAGAGAAUAUCGCGGACUCCGGUGAAUGGGAGAUUCUUUCUGGCAAGCCGCCCUUUGCCUCGCCUGACCACACUACAGGACAUGACAUUAAAGGGGCUUACGACAAUGUCACCCACGAAGCCAUCCUAAGUGCGUUAGAAGCAGUAGGACUUGGUGGCAAGAUCUAUAUACAGAGAAUGGACCGACACCCGAUUAUUAUGGCAGCCGAGGAGUCCCUCAAGGAGGAGUGCUAA